AUGAUUGAAUCUACAACUUCGCAUCAAGAUUUUCAACAACGGUUUGUUGAAUUGAUUGAUGAAGGCGUCAACAGUUCACACAGUUCGUUUCCUUUCAGAGCCAUGACCGGGUACGCCCUGGAACAUCCGUCCUAUCGACUGCGGGGCGCCCUCUUCCGGCACCAAGAGGACGGACGUCUUCUUUCUGGUACCCUUUCCCUCCUCGCGUUCAUCUGAACUAUUCACUUCAGGUUGUGGAGGAGACAUCGAGGUCAUCCACUCGCUGGAACUCGAACGAUCUCAGCACACGGGUCUCCCCGUCCGCGUCACGAACGUCAUUGUGUUCGGAUCGAACGACGUCGUUCGAGUGAUUCAGCCGAUCGAGGGAACUGAAGACGUCAUUGUGAACGGAGAUUACCACGUGUCAAUUGUUCAGUCUGUCGAACUGUUCGAGAGCUCCACCGUUUCAAAGAGUCGUAUUCUGAAGUUGCCCGGAAAGAUAAUUGCUGUGAAUGCGGAGAAGCAUUCGAAUACUGAGGUACGGUACAUUCAGAAGAUUCAUAAUACAUUCAUAAUCACUUUCCAGCUCCUACUGGUGUUUCUUCUUGAAACCGGCCUUUACCACUAUUCAUUCUGUGCUCAGACCUCUCUCCACUUCCAAUGCAUUCAAGCAUUUCGAUGCAAGUAAGUACUGAAAAACAUUUUUCAUUUCCAGUUACAUAAUCACUUCUGUUUCCAGCCGUCCCAUUUUGAGUGGCCUUCUUUGGAGAGACUCUGGACUGCUCCACGUGGCAUACUAUGACGGUUUUGUGAGAGUUGGAGUGGUCCACGAACAGUACGACGACAUGCUUCUCGUGAAGGUAACUGGAAGAAUGGAGAGAUGAAAGAAGAGAACGAUUGCAGAGAGUUGCCGUCAACAGAAACAACCUGAGUGUACUUCUGGACGUCGUUUUCGAAGAGAUCGGACGCAUUCAAAAGUUUGAAGACACGGAGAAACAAAGAAGAGAAGACAUGCUGACGACGUCGAAGAGCCUCUCGGAGAAGCUCGUUUCGGAAGAAGAAGUGGCCGAGAACGACACGACGAACGACGACUUUGCCAAACUGAAAAUCGACUUUAAGAACCAAUCAGUAAGUUUUCAGUAAAAGAUCCUUCGAAACUCUCUCGUUUAGAUCCGAUGUGAACGUGUUUCGCAACGGCUGACUUCCCUCCGCAAACUGAUAAUCAUCAUCAGAUCGGCAUUGGAUAUGAACGAUCAGAUCGAGCAGAUGAUCGGAUUGCUCGUCGGAGAGCUGGAUGAGCUGGAGAAGCUGGAGCAGUUGUGCGAAGACGUUCACAAAACAGGCAAUCAGAAUCUGAUCGGCAAGAGCUGGAUUGCGGUGGAAGAGAAGAGAAUGGUGGUGGACGAGCUGAUUGCGAAGGUGAACAGCGAUAAGAUCAAGAAGCAUUCGGACGAGUGGGACCAGAAGAUCGACCAGAUCAUCGACCAACUCAACGGAUGUUCGGAGCCCGCCAAAGACAUGAGACUCAUCAUCAGCCAGAAUAUUUUCGAGCAUCGGGGGGACAAAAACGAUGUGUUCACUCACUUUGUGCUGGAUUCGCAGAGCCGCGACAUCACUUUGUACUGUCUCUCCGGUCUGACCACUCUGGCCAUUUACCCGAGGAAAGGAAAGAGGUGGGACUGAAAGUUUCCAUUCGAUAUUAUCAAUUUCUCGUACUCAGGGUCGCUUCCAUUUCUCUGGAUGCCUCGUUUGCCACGUGUCUGACUGCCGCGUGUGCAAUGAAAACGGCAGAAGGCGUCUACGUGGCAGAUCAGAACGCCGUAUUUCCGAUCUACUUCCUCAGGUAAUCACAGCCAUUCUAAUAGAACGUUGGACAUUCACUGGAAUUGACUGUUUCAGAAACCGAGCGAAAGCUGGAAAAGGGUAGGAAUAUAGUGUUUUGAAGUUAUUCUUUUCUUCCUCUUCUCAAAAUAGGUUCCCUCCUCCCGCAAGCACGAUAACUCAAUAAUUUCUCUAUUACUGGGCUAAAAAUCGUUGUAUUUUCAGCACUUGCAAAUAUAUUUGUUUCAGAGAGAAGCGUUUCCUGGAUGCCGGGGCACAGAUGCAGAUUCCACCUUUCGAUAGCAUUUCCUCAAUCCUCAUUGAACCUCAUCAAAUGGUAACUCUUUGCUUGCCUCUUCCAUUCCACUUUAAUCCAUCCUUUAGUUAUUGGGAAGUGUCACCGGAGGACUGCUCCACCUUUCCUUCGACUUUUCCGCGAACUUCGAUCAUUUCGUGAUUGCCAGCAGUAUGCUCGCCCAUCCCGUCUCUUCCGGAGCUGUCAACUGCAUCAAACUGCUGGCCACGGGAGAAUCCCUUCUGGCGCUGCACGCCACCGAUUCGGAAGUCGUUGUUUCCGAGAAAGAUCAGGACAGAUGGCACAGAGUGACCCAGCACACGGGCGGAGCCCAUGCGAUCGCAGUCACUCCGUUUUCUGUGGCUGAGAGAGGAGCUUUCGCAGUUGUUGCCAGCGACACUUUCGUGAGAUUGAAGGCGUUGCAGUACGCUGAAGGUGAGCCCGUCCCGGAUGAUUUCGCGGCUCAAUGCUGGCCUUUUAGAAAGUCUGAUUGGUUUGCAUGAUCUGGGCGAGUCUCGUGUCGAAGAUGAGAACGGUCAUCCGAUCCAAGUGCUGAACGUGAGUCUGGAUCCGAGCAUGCAGUACCGUCAGCUGCCGUGCAAACUACGUUACGCUGUCGGAUACGCGGACAAAGCGAUCCGAACGUACGUCGCAUUGCUGACGGGGCAGCACGAAUUCAUCGUGACGGAGAAGUUCAUCGCACAGAUUGAACCGCUCUUCCAUGUUCAGAAUGUAAGCAUAGGAUAUCCCAUUUGUACGCACUGAAUAGUUUCGGUCUUUAGAUGAUCUGUUUCCACGGCCGUCCGAUGGGGUGCUAUGUCAGCUGCGCGAAAACUCUUCAAAUCUGGAAUGAUCUGGAUCGUCAUCAGCAGAAGAAACUGAAAAGUGAGAGAAUGCAGCUUCUGAAGUUGGCAUCCACGGUGACGACGAUGGAAAGAGCAGAAGGGUACCUGCUCCUCGGAUUCGCCGACGAUCGCGUCUCUAUCUAUGAGGAGAAGGGCGCCGGAGCAGUGGAAUUGGUGGGCUCAGUCGACCAGUGGCACCUGGGACUCGCCGAAAAAAGUGUUACGAGUAAGGAAGGGAAGCGAUACGGGGAACUGUGAUCGUGAGAUUACAGCAUUGAGAACGAGAGCUUCGAAGACGUCCAGUGGCACCAGACUGUUUAUUCAUUCGCUCACUGCUCAUCACAUCGUCAUUCAUACCAUUCUCAUCGCGAACGCAAAAAUUGAGCAGGUCAGAUCACGUUCCCAACUGUCGCACCGUUUCUGUUUCAGCAAGAAUUCAUUGUUGCUCAUGAGCAUUCGAUGAGUCAACCGGCCGGAUUCGAAUUCGUUUCCUACAAGUACUUUGAGUUCCUGGUUUACGGAAGGGGAAUCUCGAACGAGAAGCUUUCAAUCGAAGACCGAAAGAGAAUGGACGCGUUCCGAGACUUUGAAUUCGCUUAA